AAAAUAUGGCUGUUUGUAAAAUAAUGUUUUUGAACAAAUGAGAACCAUAACUUUGUAAUGAAGUGCUUACGAGCCCUCGAAUCUUUAUCCUUUUAAGCAACCUUUGCUCCAAGCAAUUCUACAAUUCCCUCCCCCUUUUUCCAGUCCAAAACUUCAACCCCAUAUUCCCUUAUUUCUCCUCUUCUUAAUUCUUCUUGAGCUGUUCUGCAUGAAUUCUAGCAGUUUUAGACUCCAAAAUGCCAAAGACAAAGGCAGUCACACAUGCAGAUCUUUCACCGAGCCGCCCACGCUCCGCUCUGGGCAGCAAAACAGGCCUUCUUCUCAUUGUCUUGACCAUUCUUUGUGGCCUCUUUUGCUUCAUUCUAUGCCUAAUUGCUGAAGCCACUCGUUCUCGGGUUUCAUGGCUGAGCAGCAGUAAUGAUGAAGAUGGGAAGGGAGGAAAAUACGAGUGUAUAUAUAGUGGUAGUGGGAAAACACCUUUGUUAAGUGCAGCCAGUGCAUUUUUGGGAUUGGCAAUUAUCAUGGUGGUGGAGCAUGGAUACAUGUUGUAUGCAAUUACCAACUCCCCACCUUCAGUCUUGCUUACAUGGGAGCCUCAUGAUUCAGCUUCUGCCAAGUCUUUGAAAUGGCAUGCCGCCAUUUUCUUCGUCACAACUUGGAUCUGUUUUGCUGUUGGGGAGAUUUUGCUAUUGAUUGGCCUUAGCGUGGAGUCAGGCCAUUUGAAAAACUGGGCUAGGCCAAAACCCAGUUGCCUUGUGAUCAGAGAAGGUGUGUUCUCUGCAGCAGGAGUGUUUUCCUUGACUACUGUUUUUCUUGCUGCCGGAUUAUACUUGACGGCGUUGCGUGCAGAGAGAAUUUCCCAAGACCAAGAAAAUGUAAGGCGAGAGGUGCUCGAGGCCGCUGUACUCUAUGCAUCUCCACCAAGGUCACCUCAUCUCACAACCAUUCCAAGGGAGAACCCCAUUUUCAGAGAAAGCCAGAAUGAGCAGCCAUCAGUACUUGUGCUUCAAGCAGCUUUUAGCAAACACUAACAAUUUAUGAAAGGAAGGACUGGUUUCUGCUGUGUCUCGAUCUAUUACAAGUUUCAUCUCCAUCUUUUGAAAGUUGGUGGAACAAAUGUAAAUUGUGUACAAAAUGAAAUGACUGCGGUUCUCUUCUGGCCAAAAGAUUAAACUAACUGAAAAUAACCAAUCCCUUCAUCUUUGAAUUUGACCCUCUUGGUUCUCUAGUUACUGAAAGUAACUUUUGUUUAUUGAAAUCAUAUAUAGACCAAUGAUGGUCUAUAAGGAGAUGUAAACUUAAUUGGUUCCCUUCUACUUUGAACUUGUUUGGGUAAUGAAUGCAAGAG